CCCCGCCCCCCAGAAAGCUCAGUUCAGUGUGGGAGUGGUGAAUGGGUAAGGAACAUUCUUAUAUUUUAUCGUUCUUCCAGGGCAGGGGACAACUAAGUUAAAAGAAAAGGCGGCAAAGUUUUGCGUGGCGGAGAGAUACAAACCUGGAGUGAGGAGAGUUUUACGCCGGAGUUACGGACGUGACGACGUCAGAGCGGGGAUUUGAAUUAAGUGGGGAGUUAGGCGCUCGCGCGCACGCGGGUUUGUUACUCGGUUAGGACUGUUAGGGGGGGAGAGAAGGGGAGAGCGAGAGGGUCCUGCGUAUCCUCGUGGCGGAGGACGCGCGCGCAGGUAAGGGACGUUCAGCCCGUGUGGGGAACGGGGGGGGGCACGACCCAGACUCUUAUUGCGGGGGGGGGGGGAGAGAAGUUGGCAGUGGGGGAAGGAGCAUUCGCUGCCCACGGUGCUAGGGCUUGUUUGGGGGCGAGCGGUUGCGCCGGCAAAGCGAGUGAGUUGGUCCAACGGCCUCUUCUUUUUAAAAAGCGUCCCCUCUGUGCUGUUCGUAGGAGAGAGAGAGACGUUGGGAGAAAUGAGGGUGUCAUUGAGGGGAAUCAAUCAGUGAGAUUUGGCGGCAGGGGUCCCUUUACCUUUGCCUUUAGUUUUUCCCCUUAGAGCCUUCACAGCCAAGGCCGGAUUUAGGUUUGAUGAGGCCCUAAGCUACUGGCGGUAAUGGGGCCCUUUAUAUGUCCAGCUGUCCUUUGUGUGUUGAAUAUAUGCUAUAUGGUAAUUUAUGGACCUAAUAGGUAUUUAAAGCCAUUUGCCACUGUUGCUGUAUAUAGGUUGUAUUUGUUUUUUUAUCUUAUAGUUUGGAAAUGUACAUGCAGUUUUCCCCCCCUUUAAUUUUCUUUUGGGCCCCCAAGAGAGUGUGACCCUAAGCUAUAGCUUGUUUAGCUUAUACGUAAAUCCGGCACUGUUCACAGCACAGGCCUGGCUAACUUGGUGGUGAGAGCUGCGAAUACCGGUAGGUGGUUUCCCCUCGCAUUAGACCACUGUUUUGUGAGGAACGGGGCAUCUUCACAAGACUAGUCGCGAGGUAUGUUUGAAAUGCGCGCCUUUCUCGCCUUUCCGGAGCGCGCUGCAUCCACAGAGUAUCUCUCUUAUGGAAAAUCGGGUUCCAGCAAAAUGCUGCAGGGUGGCUUUGUACAGAAUAAAUAUUCGUAGUCGGACUACAACUCCCAUCAGCCUCAGCCAGCAUAGUCUGGCAUGAUGGGAGUUGUAGUACAGUAGAACAGUUUGGGGAGGGGGCACUUCGUUGGCUACAUCUGAUUUAACUUGUUUGAUUGUAUCUUUUGGGAACAAUUGCAUAACUAAGUUGGCAAUCCUAGCAUACCUGACUUUUCAAUGUCUUUGUUGCUUAUUCUGCUGAAACUUUUUUGCUUCAUGUAAUUCUGUUGAGACCAUUUUAAAUUAAAUGAGUUUUCUACAGAACAUGGUACUUCUACUUAAAAAAAAGUGCCACCUGCCUCUUUGCUGUGGUUCUGUAUAAAAAUAUCGUAACUAUGUUGGUAUCCAUAUCACACAUUAAUGUAUCUACAGUUACCAUCCUAAAGUUUCUGGGUUGUUGUUUUUUUAAAAAAGAAAAUGUUUCUGAAGGAAAUGUACUUGUUAGUAAACCUUCACAUGAGGUGGAAACAUGGAACAAAAUAGUUGCAAAGCCAGACUAUUCUUCCAGUUGUGUAUGCAGAUGAAGCUGUUUCACAAAAAGCAGCAACUGCAAUAUUCAAAUAUGUAUUUAUAAUGCCUGUAGGCUUGUUCACAUAUAACCAUGAACACAAUAACAGGCUGUUUCAUUGUAACUACAACUGUUUUUGUGAAAGCGUAGUUGCUGAUUUGUACAGCUCCUCUAUUGUGUAUACAGAUUGUAAAAGUUAUUGCUUUGACAGUACUGUAUGGGGUAGACAGUAAAAUAGAUGCAUUUAUAUAUCUGUAUAGUACAGUACCUGGAAAUCAGUUAGUGAUUCACAUGAGGAGGAGACAUGUGGUUUCAGUGUCCUAUGGAUUCAAGUUAAACUGCUCAUGUACAUGACAGACUUUCUCUGACAAAUUAUUGGAAUUGAUUAAGAGGACUAGAACAACUUUAUAUGUAGAAUGAUUAAGAGCAUUGUUAGUGGAUUAUUGCAUACAUACUACAAAUAGGCCAGUUGCUAUGCAGAAGAAUAAAUUUAAUCUCAUCAGAAAUUACAAUAUUAAAAAACUGUUGGGGGGCAAUUCCAGUCUCCCAGGACAUUGUAAAUGAUAACAAACUUGCUGUCCUGUAAUAAGGAUACUUUAUUCAGACUUGCAAUGUGAAACUAUAUAUCAAGAGUUUCCUUUUUUCACUUGUGGGCUGAAGUAAGGCAAAUAUCUUUUUUUAUUUAUUAAUUUAAAUGAAGUUGCUAAGAUGGUAUACAAUCAGUGUUAGAAAUUCAUAUUUAUUUAUUUUUUUGCAAGACAGCUCUAAAGUCUUAUUUUUCAAACAAUGGGCUGUGAUCAGUUAAACAUCUGGAUAGUUCAGAUGACAACCUUGAGCUUUUAGAACUUGAAGAAGAAAAGUCCACAUGUAUAUUGGCUUAUUCCAACUUAUUCAUAAUAAAAAACAGUAGAACAUCCAUCAUUAAACUAGCAAUAUAACACAUCUUAUAACUCAGCAACAGUAGGAGCAGUUGAUCUCCAAAUGCCAAGCAGAGUAAAUGACAUAAAGACACCAGCAAAGAGGACCAACGUAUUUCUAGUGGAAGGCAAUUCUGUAAUCGGGGAGCCAUAACACAGAAGCCAUAACAUGAGUCCCUUCCAGAAGCAGGAUGCUGGAAACCACAGAAUGGGAUGGUGCUGUUGUUCUCAGGUCCAGUUUGUGGGUUUCCCACAGGCAUCUGGGUGGCCACUGUGAGAACAGGAUGCUAGAUUAGGUUGUCAAUAGGCCUGAAGGCCUGAUCCAGCAACGGUCUUGUUGUUUGAGUCUUGGUUUUAAAUAGAACUAUAAGAAGGACCUUUCUGUCAGAUCUCAAAGCACAGGCUGGCAUAUAAUGGGGAAAGGUGCUCUUUUAAGUAUCCAGGCCAUGCAGGACAAUACACUAAAGUGAGCACCUUAAAUUGGGCAAACACGUAACCAGCACAACUGUUUCAAGAGUGCUGUCACAAUAUUGUAUCUAGUUUUGCUACUGAAUAGUGAGGUGGGAGCAUUUUUGCACUAAUUGGAACUUCUGAACUGGCUUCAAGGGCAGCUCUAUGUAAACACAUUGUAGUACUAAAUGAAAUGUUAACAAAACAUACAAGUUAAUUGGCAUACAAAUGUCAGGAUGUCUAUUAUUCACAACUGAUUCUGUGAACUAUCAUUGUUAUUUAUGUAAUUUUCACUGUCUCUAUUUUCCCUGCAUUCUUUCUGGCCUUUCUGGUUACAUUAUACCCAUCCACCCCAACAGCACCCAUGUGUGCAAUAUUUUGACAGUUGAGGAUCUCACUCUGUGCAUCUGAUGAAGUGCACUGUAUUCCAUGAAAGCUAAUGCCAUAAUACAUUCAUUAAUUUUAAAGCUGUCUUGUUCAAAUUACUUGUACGUCUAUGACUUUGAUCAUGUUACUGAGAAAUGACUUGAAUUUUUUUUAGGAGCUAGUGUUAAUGAGCAGCAAAACAGUAUACGUGUACAAAUAGUACACUUGUAUGUGGCUCCUGUAUUAUAUAAUGUAAUUUGCAUUAUAUGUUGUAGCUAUAGACCUGAUAAGGGGCUUUUACAUACAGUUUCAUGAUAAUCUGGGUUUAAGAAAAGUGUAAGAAAAUUGUAAUUCUCUUGGUGUAUUGUCUUAAUAGAAAGGUGCUCAUCAUAUAUUCUAAUUAGGUAAAGUUUUAUUGAGUUCUCAAUGUUCAAUCCUUACAGGUAGGAAUUACAGAUGAGAAAAUGCCACUUUUUGGGAAAAUUGUUGUCAUUAAAAAGAAUGGGAGUGAUGGAACUCAUUUUCCGCUGACUAGAAACUCUUGUUUGUUUGGAAGGUAAGACUUAUUUAUUGGAAGGUAUUUUGAAAUACAGCUUUUGAAUGUUGGAAUUUAAUUGUCUGAACUGUUCUUUUCACAAAGUGAAACAGUAAAAUCUUUGCUACAGGAAACUCCCAUUUACACGGAGGUUACAUUCCAAGGCACCAUAUAUUUAAGUGAAAUUACGUAUAUUGGGGCACCAUUGAAAAAGCCUCCAAACACCUGUUAAACCUCUAGAAACGCUUGAAAAAAAGCCAAAAAUCCACCCAACUCCACAAUCACUCUCCAAAUCUACUUUCUUAAACUCUCAACUCUCCAUAGGUGUAAAAGGCUCCUGGGACUGCACUUGCAAAGGCUAGACUCCAUUUUUGCUGUUUUCGCUCUUUUAGGGCUGUAUUUGCCCCUUUUUGUGCCCCUUCUGGGGAUGUGCGCAUACCUGCUUGCAAUUUAAAACAGCAAAACUUAAGAUGUCAAUAAAUUGUCAACAUGCCUAAGCCCUGCAUCAACGUGCACAUUUUAGGUUUGCACACUGGUGUAAAUUUGACCUUUUUGAGAGCUAGUAGAUAGGAAUUUGUCUUUACUUUUGGGUUUAAAUUUAAUUUUUCUUCACAGUUUUGAAACUCUCAAGUGAAGCUAUAAUAUUUUUGUGAGCAAAAAUUGUUAAUAGCAUGCUUUCAGUGGGUCAAAUGAAAGGAGCAACAUUCACUUGCUAUUGGAGAUAUAAGCAUCUUUGCUGUUCUCGAAUUAAUGUCUCGGGAUUGUCUGCUUCAAGUUCACCGUACAUAAGUCAAUAGAGAGAGCUCUUUUUCAACUUUAGAGAAAUUUUUGAAUUGUACAACCUGCUCUGAAAGGUUGAACUUUACUAACUCCAAUAGUUAUUCAAUCUUUCUGUUUUACAUAAGCAAGCGAUAUCGGCAACAUCUAUGUUUAUCAUUUCAUAUCUUUGGAGGGUUUUAUUGGGUGCAGGUGUUGCUCUGGUUUAGAGUAUCUUUUCUCCAAGUAUCUACGUGAAUAGGUAUCAGUGGCCAAGUGCAUAUUUAAUGAAGGCAGGGGAAAGUUUAUGGCAGAGGUAGCCAACCCACAGCCUGUGAGCCAUAUAUAGUUCCCCAGGAAGUUUUUUGUGCCCUCCCUUUGCAACCUUCCAAUUUGUCCAUUAAAAAAAUACUAUUUCUUCAUCGACCAGUUCUACAGGUCCCCUGUUCUGAUCCAUAAAAUGUAUUCUUUCUUAUGUAUAUAUUUAUAUUUUACAGAAUUUAAUAAAUAAUAAUAGCUUAUCAAAAAAGGAUUUUAAAUAGUGUUGAUAGAAUAUAAAAGCUUUUUGAAGGCAGCUUGCGAACUGCAAUUCUAGCCAUGGACACAUUUACACUUUGGGCAUGCUUGCUUUGGCAUGCAAAUAUCACGGUUCACCCUGGACCAGUGUGGCUCUAGACCCUGAAUUGAUUAGCCAUCUCUGGUUUAUGGCAUGCCAACAGUAAAAAUUAGUGGUUUUUUCAGUUAAAACAAGUUCAGUUUUCAUAAUACUACAUAGUUUGUCUUUAUAGUUUUUCUAAUAUUUGAAUAGUAGCAUUAUGGCAUUUUAUAUAUUAAAAAAACCCCUUUAUUUCUGCGUAAUAUACAAAUGUUAAUUUGAAAACUGCAUGAUUAUAUUUAAAGGAAAAGAGAGUGUGACAUCAGAAUUCAGCUGCCUCAGGUUUCCAAAGAACAUUGUAAAAUCGAAGUCAAUGAAAAUAAGGAGGUAUGCAUUCUUAUUUUUUUUGUAUUGAUUUGUUGUGUGUCUCUUGGACCUUUCUUAUUUGACUGAGCUGAAUAUUUUUAAAUCUAUUUUUAGGCAACUUUGUUUAACUUAAGUCCUGCAAACCCAACAGAACUCAAUGGAAAUAUUUUUCAGCAACCUACAUACUUAAAGCAUGGAGAUGUAUUCACUAUUAUUGAUCGUUCUUUCAGGUAGGUAACAAUGCUAUACACAGCUAUGGAUCUACUUAAAUAAAAUUACUCUUGUCACGUUGCCUAGGUUGGGUCAAGUCAUUGGAAUUUUUAAUGAGUUUAUUUUAUGUUCAGGCAACUCCUUUGUGCAGGGGUUGCAUUUUGAGUCAUAUUGUGUGUAAGGCAAUUCCAUCCCCUUCUGGGUCAGAAAAUGGCAUGCAUGGAAGGCCACACAUCAAUUGGAUGCGUGCAAAAUGGUCGCCACCUGUAUUUCACAACUUUUAUAUACUGCUUGAUUGUAGUAAAGCCUCUUAAGUGGUUAUAAAAAAGAAUACGUUAAAAUUAUCAGUACAAGACAGUUAAAAACAGGUAUUUAAAAGCAUUCAAAAAGAUAAUUAAAAUCAUCAGUAAGCAAAGGGAGAUUAAAAUGCAUCAUUCAACUUGUCUGCGUAGGCUAGCCUAAACAUGUUUUAAGCAGGCAUUGAAAAUACUACAGUCAAGACUCCUAUCUUAUAUUAGUAGGUAGAGAGUUACAAAGUGUAGGUGCUGCAACACCAAAAAAUUGUGGUUUUGUAACUGCGGAAUGAGUAUUAUGUUGUGCUGUGUCAGUUCUGCCGAUUGAAGUGGUUGAUAGGGAAUAUAUGGGGUAAAGUAAUGCCACAGGUAAAGUGGUCCAAAACUGUUAUGGGUUUGUAUACUAAUAGUGACACCAUGAACUUAGCCUGGUAACAAAUUGGCAGCCUGUGUAGAUAUCUGAGCAGAGGUGUUAUAUGUUGACAGAAUCCCAAUCAUUUCAGCAACUGUAUUGCAGCAUUCUGCAUUAACUGCAGUUUCUGGUCAGUAAAAGUGAAGCUUGCUUACAUACAGUGCAUUGUAGUAAUUCAGCUUUGAAAUCAUUAAUGCAUGAACUACUGAGGUUACCUGGGCCUCCAUUGACAAAGCUGGAUCCAAAAGCAGCACCGAAUUGCAUACUGGCUAAUUCAGGUGAAGUGCAACCCCAUCCAUGGCAAGUAAUUGAUCAGUUUAUUGCACAUGGGAUCCAGACACCUAUAGUGCCUCCACCUUGGCAGGAUUCAACCUCAGCUUACUUUCCCUCGUCUGUCCCACCACUGUGUCCGGGCACAGGUCCAGGCUCCAUGUGGCUUUGUAUAGAUUUUAAAUAGCACUGGGGGAUAGAAUUGUACCCAGGGGUACUCCAUAACAUAACUGUCAGAGAUUCAUAAAGCACUCUCCCGGCGCUGUUCUCAGGACUGCAGGAAUGGAACCCCAGUAACACAGUGAUACCAGUGUCCAUUCCACUGAGUCAGUUCAGGAGGAUACUACAGGAAAUGGUAUUGAAAGCUGCACAAGAGUCAAGAAGCAGGAGCAAGGUCACAGUUCCCUUGUCCUGCUCUCUGUAAAGGUCAGGUCUCAGGCAGCCAAAACUGACUCUGUCCCAUAGCCAAGCCUGAUCCUAGAACUCAUCUCCUUUAUUCACCUCCCUGACUGUUUCUCAAUUUGUUGCUACUUACACUUCUUGUUUGGCUCUGACUGUUAAGGCUGGUGCUUUCUUUGCAUUAUCCAGCCCAAAGAGUUUUCAACAACUGGUUUGCAGCCAGGGUAUUUAGCUCAUCAGUGGGAUAAACAAAUCAAUAUUAAGCCUACCUAAUACCUUUAAACAGGUUUGAAUAUCCACCUUCAUUACUUCCACGGAAGAGGAGUUCCAGGUCUCAAGAGAAUGAAACAUUACAGGUAACUUCAUGAAUACAAUGAAAUGUACCUUUGCAUUUUGCUGGACUGAAUGAAAUGUGUAGCUAUAGGUUUCCAUAUUCCCAAUCUUCUUAAGUGGGUUUUUUACCUGCAGAUGUAGUGUCUCCCUUUUUUAUGUGUGGAUGGCAACUGUAUUCACAGAAACGUUUUAAUGCUAGCACUCUUCUCUCCAAAGUACUAUAUUACUGAGAAUGUAUGCUUUUAAUAGAUGUUUUGGAAGCCUUCUUUUCACAGCACAUUUUCAUAUCUUAUUUUUUAAAUGAUUAUGCAAGAACAACUGUAUUCAAAGAUGAUAGAUUAUUUUCAGGAUAGCUAUUACUCCUAGUUUAGGGGGUGAAGAUAAAUAAACAGCUGAAGCUUUUUCUUAAGAAUAAAUGGAACUAGGCUAGAGGUGGUGGGUUCUAGUGAAAUCUACUCAGUUAAAUUAUUCGAUACCAUAUAAAUAUUUACUUCAAAAAUAAACCAAUGAAUACUUUCCAUAGGCACAAUUUUGUGAACUUCUAAGACAAAUAAAACAUUCAUUGCUCUGAUACAUUGUGUACAAAUUUACAGGUUCUUCAUAUUCAGCAGGAAGAACAGGAGUUGUUGCACCGUCGGAAUUCAGAAUCUAAAAGUCCUCAGAUUUCUGGUUGGUAGUUAUUUCAUCUUAUUUACCACUGUUAGGCCUUGAAUGGCAAGAAAAUGUAAAGCUACAUAAACAGAUACGUAGUAGUUGAAAUCAAAGCAUUUACUGGGAUUCUGCUGUAGGAGGGAACAGAUGAAGCAAGAUUUGGAGAAUUAGUUUUUCCUGUAGGGAUGAAUGUGAUCCUUGAUAUGGGUUGUUUCCACCCAUCUCUCCAAUGACAGGAAGCAAAAUAUUUUAGAGAAUACACCUUGUGGGCUGAGAAAACCCCUUCCAGUUCUAUUUCCUGCCAGUUCCACUGCAGGUUGUAUUGCCAGCUGCUACGGGCAUGGCAAAAGAGAAGAAGUGGGAACCGAUAUUCAGACAGCCACUUUUUUUGUUUGCUCUGGAUUAUGAUUAGAGUUCACAAGCAGAUAAAUCUUAAAUUUAUAUUACAGAUUAUGCUGAUGUUUGUCAAUGUACAUAUGUACACACACAGAGGGGGGGCUAUUGCAUACAAGGAUAAGUUUUAAGAGUCCAUUCACUAUGGGCAUGCUAUUCUUAGUAUCGGUUGCAAAGUAGCUUCAUAUGAGUGCAUUUGGGAAUGUCUGAGCUGUAUGUUCAGGACUUUUAUGUUAAUCUUAUUUUCUAUGUAGAAGCAGGUGUUGUUGAUUUUACUUAAUUCCUCAAAAAUAUAUUUGCCCUAUAAUCAGAACCUUAACUGACUAUAGAAUUUGGUAACACUGUUUCAUCUAACUUAAGCAUUAUACCAAAAAUAGAAACACUUUUAAAGAACACAUUGUUUAAAAAUGUAUUCUUUUAAAAAUCUCUUCUUAGAAAAGAAACUUGACUGGGAAAAUCAGAAUACUAAUGAAAGUGACGAGACAAAAAUUCAAGAAUUUAUUACUGGACAGUAUGGCACACCGCAAUCUACAUACAAAACCUUCAGUUCAGAAAGGAAAAACGAAAUGUCUCCUUUUAGUGAACUUUAUGAAUUAGUGAAGCACGAACCUGAUACAAAAAUAGCAGAGGAAGAUUUUAGCAAUGAAACAUUUCUGCAGUCAAAAGAAGAACACUUAGCCAGAAAAGAUGGUAAUGAUACCUUGGAAGAAGCUGCAUCUCAGAUACCACACAGGAUAUCUGAAACUGGUCAAACUAAGAAGACUGGAGGUGUAAUUUGGAAUGAAGUUGAACAUUCUCGUUAUAUUAAAAGUCAAGGAAUAAACAGUGUGAUAUCAAAUCUAAGAUCUGUUGAAAGGAACAGAUCCAAAAGAUCAUCUUUGGGUCUUCAAGGUUAUGCUGCAGAACGAAAGCAAGAAAGUGAAGGCACCAAUCAGUUAAAUUUCCAGAAAGCAGAAGAGAAUGAACUAGAUGGAACUGAAGGGAUUAAAAAUGCAAGUAAUGAUACAAAUCUAACAGCAAGUAGACAAAGUGCAAAGUAUUUCCAUGAAUCAUGUUCCAUAGUAUCAUUGGAACCUGCAGAUAGAGCAGGGCGCCCUGAAAAGUCAGAAGAAGAGCCAAUAAAGACAGCUGAUGUGGAAAUCAAAGCUAACUUAACAGAUACUUGCAGAUCGGUUGAAAGCAUUUUGUCCAUACCAAAGUCUAAUAAAGAGAGUUUUCAAACUUAUUCUAGUCCACGUUCUAGAAAAUCUAGACGUUCUUCAAAAUCUAGAAUGCAACAGGUAGAUUCAUUGAUUGAACUGAAGAAUUCCACAGAAACCUCUUCUGAAAUUGAAGAGUGCUCAAUGAAUGGUAGUGCAGCGGAGCCUGAUUUUAUUGCCUUGACAGAAAAGUUUUUUAAAAUAAAAGGCAAGAAUGAAGUGCUGGCCAUAGAACCAAUACAAACUCUGAAAGCAACAAAUGAGAUUUGUAUGAACAACACACAAAAAGAUAGAAACUCUGGAAUCAUUGCCUAUUCAUUUCGCUGUCGUAACAGUAAAAGCCCCCGGAGGAGCAUUAAGCAAAAUGAAGACUUUUUAAAUGGGCAUUUUUCUACAGAGCAGAUGCAUAUCAAUUCAGAGGAGUCAUUAGAAGUUCCUGUAGAUACUUCUGGAACAGGUUGCAUGUGCACACCUAACCAGCCACCUGAAAAAGAGGGAAACUGGCUCCAGGAGGAGGAGGAUGAUAAAAUAAAAGAACCAACGAUGAAGGCCCACAACCAGAGUUUUGAUAAUAAACACUAUAUACCAGGUCAUGAAAAUAAUGUACCAGUGCCAGCAGAGGGUGAGACUGCUUCAGAACUGAAUGCAGCAAGCGCAUUUACUAUAAAAAGAAAGUCAGGUAAAUACUUGCAGUACAAGCCUAAGACUAUCAGUUUGAGAUUGUUUCAGAAAUUUGUCGUGACUUUUUCUUGAACUUGUAAUUUUGCUCUCUUUAUGUAAUUUUAUUCGAAGUCUGUUGGUUAUUCUAUUUAUAAAACUUGUAUGAAUACCAAAGGAAUUUGGUUACUACAAUUAAGAGAAGUACAGUGCACUAAAAAUAACCCCAACAGAUUUUUCUCAAUUUUUAUCUCUUACUAGUUCUGUUUUUAAAAUCUUACUUUAACAGAAAGUAUCCUUACUAUUUUGAUACUGAAGUGUCAUCAUACACUCAUUUUCUGACACUAUCAGUCUUGUAUUUAGGUCCAAGAGACCUCUUUAAGGGCAUACUGGGGCGGGGGGGCGGGGAUGAUUUACUUCAAAGUGACUAUGGUUUAAAAGAAAAAAUAGGUUUCUGUUGGUAUCACAUUCCAAAAGAGUUUAACACAAAAACUAUUCGGAAUAUGUGACCUGACAGUGUUAAGAAAAGAGAAAGCAAAACAGAAACAAAUGCCUAAGUUUCUGUUAGGGGUCUUCUACUGGAGUGCAGUAGAAGGCUUUUCAAUAUAACCCAAUAGAACAUUACAAAUAUGAAAUCAGUAUUGCAGAUUUUAACUAUGAGUAUGUCUUCUGUCAGGACAAAACAAACCUGGAGCAGAAAUAACCCCCUAGACCAGGGGGCAGCAAAAUGUUUCAGCAGGGGGCUGGUCCACUGUCCUUCAGACCUUGUGGGGGACCGGACUAUAUGGAGGGGGGGAGAACGAAUUCCUAUGCCCCACAAAUAACCCAGAGAUGCAUUUUAAAUAAAAGCACACGUUCUACUCAUGUAAAAACACCAGGCAGGCCCCACAAAUAACCCAGAGAUGUAUUUUAAAUAAAAGGACAUAUUCUACUCAUGUAAAAACAUGCUGAUUCCCGGACCAUCCACGGGCUGGAUUGAGAAGGCAAUUGGGCCGGAUCUGUCCCCUGGGUCUUAGUUUGCCUAUCCAUGCCCUAGACUAAAAGUUGAUCAGGGGGGUCCAAAAGACCUGCAAUCUUUUGUGACAGGUUUUUGUAUGCACAGAAAAAAAUCUCCAGUGCUCUUGAAUUGGUGCAAAUACAUAAAAGAUGAAAUUUUAGUUAUCACUCCAGAAAACAAUGAAUUAACAAUAAAUAAUAUUCAAAUUAUACUGACACUCAGUAUGUAGUAACCAAUUCACAGAAGAAAAAAAUACCUUUUUCAUCACUUAACUGUAUCUUCUUGGUCAUUAUAUCAGUUUCUGUGAUGUUCCUUAUUUUAGCCAACUACAAGUUUGAAUGGGAUACCUCAUUCUCCAUUUGGUUCUAAUAAUAAUAUUUGUUCAUUAUUAUUGUUUAUUAGCAAGUUCCAUGUCAGCUUAAAGUAUUUCAUAUAACCUAAAGCAUCAUAAUUGCAGGUAAACGUACAAAAUACCUCAAUAUCAAGGCAAUUUGAAAACUUAUCUUUUUACAUGUUUUUGGACAAAUCCAAUAGAUUUCAUUAAUUAGUCUAUCCCUGCUAUCAAGUAAUCCUGCUUAUUUAACAUAGUAAACAAAAAUCAACAACAGCCUACCUUUACAUUCUGAAACCACCAAACCUCUUGCCGAUCAUGAGGUCAGCAGUUUGAAUCAGUGCUAUGGGGUGAGCUCCCAUUGCUCUAUCUCAGCUCCUGCCAACCUAGCAGUUCAAAAGCAUACAAGCGCGAGUAGUUAAAUAGGUACCACUGCAGUGGGAAGGUAAAUGGCAUUUCCAUGCUCUCUGGCUUCCGUCAUGGUGUACCAUUGCACCAGAAGUGGUUUAGCCAUGCUGGCCACAUGACCUGGAAAAGUUGUCUGCAGACAAAUGCUGGCCCCCUCGGCAUGAAAGCGGAGGUGAGCGCCGUACCUCAUAGUUGAAGUCAACUGGACUUAACUGUCCAGGGGUCCUUUACUUUUACCUUUUACUCCCUUUGUGAUUGGAGCUAAAUAUUUAUGUUGGAAUUCAGAAUAACUUUCUUCUGUCUUUCUUUUAGAUAAAUUACCUAAAAUGAAUCAACCUUCUGAUUAGCUUUGUAAGUUGGUAUAUUGAAUUUGGUAUGUUUUGCUCUUUUGUAGAAAUUAAGAAAUCACCUAAAAAGCGGAAGGACGAAGAACCUGACAUAUUAAUUCAGCCUCUUGGAAAGAGAAAGAGGGUGUCCUUUGGUGGGCACUUGAGUCCUGAACUGUUUGAUAAACGCUUACCUCCAAACUCACCACUUAAAAGAGGUGCAACUCCAGCGCGACUGAGCUUGCCAUUUGGAAACUCGCCUCGAGCGGUUUUGAAAUUUAGACAGUCUCGAAUCAAGGUAAAUAAUUUUCUGUACUGAAAUGCCUCAAAAGCACCCAGAUGAAGUCUUCUGCUUCUCAUUCUUCCUGUGUGUGUGUGUGUGUGUGUGUGUGUGUGUGUGUGUUUCUAACAAUCCUGUACAUGCAUACUUAGAUAUAAGUCCCAUUGGGUGAAAUCCAACAUUGUGUAAGAAAACUCCUUCCCCUGUUGCUCUGUAUGCCCCCCCCCCCCGCACCAAAUCUCCAGAGGGUCCAAACACUUUGAAGCAGGAUUGGUGGACACAUGAGAGCUGGGGUGCAGGGAAGAAGGCCCCCUUGAGAGUAAAUUUGUUCUAAUGCCACAAUAUAAUUGGAUAUUAUCCAUUCCUUCCAAUGGGGUUUACAAGUAAGUAGGUAUAGGAUCCCUGCCUAAAAUUUCUUAAUUCAGAAGUUGUCAGGGUAAAUGAAGUGUCCUUGAGACAGGUUUAUGAUCUUGAAUGCAGAGAAAUAUUAUUUCCAGUGUGGAUUGAGCAAGUUCCAGUUGCUUGACCAUUUGCUUGAGAGGUCUUGCUCCCUGACAAAUGCUAGCAAGGGAAGACUUGUUUCCACCAUGGGAUGAGUGGGGUCUAGCCCCACUCCCUUGUUUUCACCUGCUGUACAAUAACUCUCUUGAGAACUGGCAUUUUUAUUAAAAGUUGGAUUAUGAGUAAAAAUAAAUAAAAUUGCAGCAAGGGACAACAUGACUCCAUCGUGGGUUGGAGCAAGUAGUUUGAUGUUACUGUUCUGUAUUGUGGUUUUUCUAUUUAGUAGUUGUAGUUAAUGUAUUUCGUUUUAUCAUGUUGUGUGCUGUCCUGUGCUUCGUUUGAGGAAGGCCUCUCAAAGAGAAGUGUUUUAUCUUAUUUAAAAGAAAUGAGCAGAAAAGAUGUCUACUUGAAUGAAUGCAGUCCAUUCUCACUGAAUAAAAGUUCUUAAUUUUGGCUUGACAGUGCCCUUUAAAAAAGGAGGAGGAAAGCUCUCAUUUAAGGAGAAGGGCUAGGACAGGUUUGAGGAACCUCUGGCUUGCAGGCCAAUCUUGGCUUGACAGGCUUCCCCAUUGGCCCACAAGUGAGGGAGGCAGUUGGCCAAACCAGCUUGAGUCGCUUCCGAAUCAGCUGGUUGUUGGGAGCCUUUGAAGCAGUGCACAAAGCAGGAACCCAGUGGCUGAUGCAAAGCGAAGAUGUUCCUACUUGGUUCAGGUGUCAUGUCCCUCCUUUCAUUUCAGCAACUGGAUUUACAAAGAAACAGCUAUUGAAAUGAUGUGGAAAAACACGUUGCUUUUAACAGUGCCUUGCUGCCUGCUAGUGCUUUGAAGUCUUAAAUUUGGGGUUUCAGAGCACCAAAUCCCUUGACAUCAUUUGUGAUUUCAGCAGGAGGAUGGCCCCGCACACUUGUAAAAUUUGGCCUGCUAGACUGGCCUGUGGAUCCAAAAAGGUUCCUUUUCUCUGGGCUAGGACAUGAUGUGUGUCUGUGUGGUUUCUUCCUAGGCCUCUUCAUGUGUCUGGCCUUCCAGAUUUUGGUGGAUUAUAGUUCUCAUCAUCAUUAACCAUUGGCUCUACUCACUGGAGCUGAUAAGAGUUGGGCCAGAAGUCGCCAAACUUUGAACCAGUGAGCACAUCUUAAAUUUGGAGAAAGUGCUGUUCUUACUAAUCACAAAAUGGCUGCCGCGGGUUGGCUUUUUAUUAUAAAAUAAAAAGUCUGCUAAGUCUAAAAGUAUGGAAAAAGAGACAUAAUUAUAGAAUGCUGCAGACAUGCCACCCCAUUAGUGAAGAAAAGAGCACAUGCACCAACCACUACUGCAUUCUCUCCCGGGAAGAAGCUCUUUAUACUUUAAUCCUGGCAUCCAGUGACAUGUGGACAUGUUUAUAGGUGUAGCUGGCUAAGUGCAAACAAACUGAGCAAGAAGAGCAAGCUAUUUCUUACAUAUUGUAAGUGGUACACUAGAUUCCCAGAUUCAGGUCUCCUCAGUUUAAGUUCUGCUUAUGUGCUAUGCCACAUUUGAUAUCUCAUUAGAAGUUCUUUGUAUUAACUUUAAAAAAAAUCCCUCUUCUUUCUCUACAGAGUUUCCCUGAAGGGGUUCAGCAUGAGAAUAGUUCAUCUAAGAAUGCUGCCUCACCCUCAGCACGCAGGUCUCCGGUUGCCUCGCCCGCAGCACGCAAGUCUCCGGUUGCCUCACCCGCAGCACGCAAGUCUCCGGUUGCCUCGCCCGCAGCACGCAGGUCUCCGGUUGCCUCGCCCGCAGCACGCAAGUCUCCGGUUGCCUCGCCUCCAGCACGCAGGUCUCCGGUUGCCUCGCCCGCAGCACGCAAGUCUCCGGUUGCCUCUCCCGCAGCACGCAGGUCUCCGGUUGCCUCGCCCGCAGCACGCAGGUCUCCGGUUGCCUCGCCCGCAGCACGCAGGUCUCCGGUUGCCUCGCCUCCAGCACGCAGGUCUCCGGUUGCCUCACCUCCAGCACGCAGGUCUCCGGUUGCUUCGCCCCCAGCCACUUUUUCUUUUGAUGCACCCCAAAGAAGAGGUCGCUUUUCAGUUUCUCAUGUUACCAGCCCACCCUCAGAAGAACAGGAUGCUCUUUCCAGUCAGAUGAACGGAGAUGAAGAGUUCACUGAAGUAAAGACAUCUGAACCUACUGUUCAAGAAUGCAAAGCUGCUCGUUCAACAAAGAGGAGCAAAAAUGCUACUCCAAGAAGUUCUUUGUGUAGGAGAAGUGGAGUAAUGGGUGUAAUUCACUCUAAAAGGCAAAGUGGUGCUUCCAAAGCCAACUUGAUAGGUUUGUCAUUAUUGCUUUGUUAGUGUCUUUUGAUGUUCCACAAAACAAUCAGAUACAGCAUAUAGUAUUAUAAAAGACUGCAGGGUUUACCAGCCUUUUUGGAUCAGUGGGCACAGUUUGAAUUUUGAUAGAGUGAGGGUGCCCAUCACAAAAUAGCUACUAUGAGAUAUGUGUGGCGUAACACAAAAUGGCUACAAUGAGGAGCAUGGUCUAACACAGAAUUAGAGAGAGAGCCACCCUCAAAUCUUAUGCUAACCAUGGGAAGACAUUUAGGUCCUACUAAUCCUGAUUGUGGAGAUCACACCAAUGCUGUAAUGGGACAUUACUCAGUACCAGGAAAAAUAAACAAGGUGGUCACACCACACUCAAUUUCAUUUCACAGAAAUUGCUCAAACUUGGGCCCCCAGCUGUUGUUGGCCUACAACUCCCAUAAUCCCUAGCUAGCAAGGUCAGGGAUGAUGGGACCAAGUUUGAGAAACACUGGUUUAGAAGAUACAUGCACAUUCCCCCCCCCCCAUUUGUGGGAGGGCUAGACAGUUGUGGGUUUUUAAAUUUAAAAAAUAAAGCUUGGAAUUGGCACAUGUCCAGAGGUACCAAUGAAAGCCUUCAUGGGCAUCAGGCUGACAACCCUGGCUUAAAAAUGCAUUAGAACAAAUGAAUCUACAAAUCUAGAAAAUGUUGGUUUUAUUAAAAAUGUGUUUUAAGCAUAGAAAUAACUAGCAAUGUUGAACAAUUAUCAUUCCAGUUGCAAAGUCUUGGGCAGAUAUAGUGAAACAGGGUGUUCCAAAAUCUCAAGUAAGCAGUGCUGCAAAAUGUGGUCUUAAAAGAUCAGCCAAGAAGAGGUCAGCCAAGAAGAACUCAACAAAACCAUCAAAGGUAAUUCUCUAGCAGUGAUCAAAACUAAUACCCUGCAUUUAGUAAAUAUAUUGAAGCAUUCCAUUUUCCAGUCAUUAAAUGCCAGAGUCUGGAAUUCUUUGAAACCAGGGAUGGGAAGGGUCUUUAGCUUUUUGAUAGAUGGUCUGUAUGCAUGAAGUACCAGUUUCAGUCCCUGGCACUUCUAGACAACUUGAGAUCUAUUCCACCAAGUCAGAAUAGACAUCACUGGGAUGGAUGGACCAAUAGUUCUGCUUUGUAUAAGGCAGCUUGAAAUGUCCUCCACCUUGCCCUCCCCCACCAAUAAUUGCAUGGAAUUCCAGAGCAAAUGUGCAGAUCAGAUUCUUUCGCACUACUCUGAGUUUAGAGAUGUGUUCUCUUGGUGUGCAUGCCUUUUGGAUAAUGAAACCAGCCUGAAUUGCCACAUUGGAGUAUAUAUGAGUAAUAUAAAGGACAGCAGUUUGUAAAGUAGGUUAAAACUGGGCUUGGGAAAAUUAUGGAUAAGUUGAUGUUGCUACUGUUAAUGAGUAUGCAUCAUAUUUUAUUUUGAGAGAGGAUAUGGUAAAAUGAAUGGAGAUGAAUUCUAGGUGCAUGAUGAGAGCAAGUAGAAAGGCAGGCAAUGUCUGUUAGAUGAAGCAAGACCAUGUUUUGUCCACAACCAAAGUGGCUUGCCCACACACUGGCCCACAAGCAAAAAGAAAUAAUGUUUUAAGAGCCGUGUUUGCUACUUAAAAGCUUGUAGGUUAAGUAAAGCAGGCUGAAUGAUCUGUAAGAACAAUGGCUUCUAGCCAACAUUGUCUGCGCACAUGCAAAGCAGAUCUCCGCAUGAGAAACAGGACUACAUCUUACUGUUUGUUGUCAAACAAUUACCAAGUACCCAGUAUCCUGAAAGUAGAUGGGUAGACACUUCUAAAGCAUUUCCAACGUAAUAUUAGCUUUUUGCAAUGAGAGAAAGAGCCAGAAGAUACAUAUGUGGAGAGGAAAUGUAGCCACAAGUGAAAAGUUUUCAAGUGCCUUUCACACAGCUUUCCUCUUGUAUUAUAAUAUUUCAAACUAUGAAUUACUAUUUGAUUACUUUAGGAAUAAAGUGAGUUUUCUAUAUUCAAACUACUACAAUUACAAUUAAGUCCUUUAGAGUUCAUGCUGCUUAAUGUAUUGUAGUUAGUUAACAGCAUGUAAUGAACCAGGAAGGUUCAGUUCAAACUUUAGUUCAGCCACGAAAUCAUUGGAUUAGCCAUACUCUGUCAAGCAUCUAAUCUGUAAUAUGGGUGUAAUACUCUUGUAGCCUUACAGGAUGUUAAGCAGUUUGAAUGCCAUUCUGUACUAUUAUACUCUUAUUCUCAAAUACCUCUAUAUUAAAUACAUACAUAAAUGGACUUUAUCAAAUAAGAUAUGCAAAAUUGGAUUUCCUAUGCUAUUUUUGCAGUCUUUUCUCAGUACUACUUAAGUAAAAGGAUGGAAAUGACUUAGAAUUGGCAAAAGCCACCCUAAGCAACAGUGCAACAAUGCACUGAGAAUUUUUAGUAUGUUGUUGGGGAGGCAAGAUGUGACUGGCCAGAUGUGAGCUCUAUGUUUGUAGUUUCUGCUGCUGCCAAGCAGCAAAAUGUUUCAAGAAGGAAAAAUGGAUGAAAGCUCUGUCUGCUUUUUUUUUGCUUGGAUUUAUUGUGCAUACUGGACUUGACAUUCAGAACUGUAUCCAACUUUGAAGUAAAUGGUAAUUGAGCUGCGAGCACCAGGACUUACAUGUACUCUAAGCCUCAGUGAUCAGACUCAAAGGUUUAAUUGUAUAUUUUGUUUUCAGAACAAUGUUUCCAUGCUAAAAACGCCAAUAAGAAAAGUCAUGGGUCACUUUACUACAGGCCAUGCAAAUUCCCCUGCUCCAAUUGUGAUUGGAAAAGCUCAUACCAGUAUUGUGAAUGCUGCUGUACAAGUCCCUAAAGUGAUGAUCAACUAUCCUUUGAAGAAACAUGAUGACUUAAAUGAAAGUUUUACAGGUAAAUUGUUAGUGUUUUGGUGAAAUGAUUUUUUCCCCCUUGUACAGUACCAAAUAUUUUGCAAGCCUAUAAGGAGUUCACUUGCAUCCCAUGGAAAAUGGUUGGAUUGGUCAUAUAAAGAACUUGGUUGGUUUUACUGUCUGAAACAAACACAAUCUGUUCUAACAAAAUCAAACCUAGUUUGUACAAAGUAGCAUUCCGUUUAAGUCAGUGACGGGCCAGAAAGACCUAUGUUUAAAACUCUGCUCAUCCAUGAAUCUUGCUUGGUGCCCUUCAACUAGUCAAUAUAUCUCAACAUAUCUAUGUUUUUGCAAGGAUAAAGCUGUAGUGCCAUCUUAAGAUAUAUUUAUGCUAUCACAUGAGGAAGUUCACAUCCUAAGAUGGCACUUGCUAUAAGACUUUCUUAUGGCUUUGAUCCACAGAACUGUGAAUGGAAGGAUAAAAUAGAUUGGUGCUGUUUUGUUAACUUUUUAAGAAGACCUGCUGGAGCUAACCUAAAGGCUUUCUGGGCCAGCAUACUGUUUCCCAGAGUAGCCAACCGGAUCACUAUGGGAAGCCCACAAGCAGGGCAUGAUGGCAAUAGCCUUCUUGUUUCACUGCAGCAUGCUACUCUGAUAUGCUCCCAGUCCUCUAGAAGUGUACGGUUAGGACUGGACUAACCCUAGGUGAUACUGAACCCAGCAAGACGCUCAGAGCUGUAGGAAUGCACAACCUGCAAGGAGCAGGGGGAGCAGUCUGAGAGAAUAAUCUUGCAAAGCCCUUUUGGGCCUUUGCUAAGAUCAAAGCUCCCAAUUGAGUAUCCUUAGGCACACCCAGAUUAUCCUAGUUCUAGCUCUGGUUCAUUCUGCUCCCAGGCAUGAGGAAGUGACAACAGAUUAAGAGUUAGCUGCUUUUCCUCACACAGCACAUCUGUUAGCCAGAAACAGUCAUCCCAUGAUCAAAAUAAGCUUUCAGCUUGCGUUUAACUAUUUUUAUAUGCAAAUCUGGGCAGAUUUAAUAGCUAGCAUUUUUAAAAUUGUAUGUAAAACCUAUAGUGUGUGUUUGUCUGUAGUACAGCAUUAGGUGUACAGUAAAACUUUAAGAAAUAAAAGCUGCUCAGUCUUAUCAAUCCCUAAUUGCCAGAAAAUUGUAUUGCGAACAUGCAUACAGGAAAGUGAUGAAUAUAAGGCACUAAGUGGUUUUUAACAUUGUCAACUUACCCAUUCUUGACUAUAGUAAGAUUUUUAUCCAUGCCAAUUUACCAACUCUCAGCUUUGCCAACAGAUGGCACUGUGAUAUUAUUUUAAAGGUAGGUCAAUAUCUAAACCAAGUGUAAUACAGUAGUGAUACCAUCAUAUAAUGGUCCAAAAAUAUGCAGUCAUUUCAUCAUACUAAUACUGGUUUUAAAUGCCCCCGAAUGAAAGUUGCUCUUUUGCUAAAAUCCCGAUUUACCUGUUUAAUCUGGAAGCAUGUGAAUUUAGUAAUUUCCCAAACUCAUAUUAGUCUUAAUUAUGAACUAGUCUUUUAAUUCCGCCCUCUCUCACCCCACAAUGAUGGUUUUUUUUUUUAAAAAAAUUAAUUAAUUUAGUUUAGAUUUCCUUAAUUCUGUUUUACUAUUCUCAGCAACAGGGAAAUGGGUAUUCUGGGUACUGAAGUUCCAUUUCUAGUUGUUAGAAAUCAUUCGAACUAGCUAGUGAGAUCUUAUCAGGCUAAGACUUUAACGUAUCUCGUCAUCUUCACUAGCUAAAAAUUUAGAAAUGAAACUGUUCUUAACUGAACUCAGUGCUUGUAGUGUGGCAGCAUAUAUGCUGAGCCCUAAUAAUGCCCUUUCCCCAAGUGUUUCAAAAUAUAUAAUACUGGGGGUUUGAAUUGAGCACAGGUGUCCCGCUGCCCUACUCUUCAUGCUGAGCCAGCCAGAGAACCCCCUCCCAGCAGAAAGCCACAAAUAGGGUGUUCCAAGGGGUGGGGCUGAGAUAGCCCAGAACUGAUGGAUCCCAAGCCAGUCUUGCAGCUUUCAUUGGCUAGCGCUGGGCCCAAUCAAGACUUGAUGCAGGGAUCAGGUCCGAACCUUCCCUCUUCAUUGUAUUUUUAAAUUUUCUAUACUGCAAUAUAAAGAAGAAAAGAGGUGUAGUUCCUCUGUUCCUGCCUGAUUUUUGUUGACAGUUGCUGCGUUUUUUUACGGAAGCACAGCUUGCCAGAGUGAAAGAAUAUUACUUCUUGGAGACUGGGAAGGAAAUCAGGAUUUUACAUGGAAGCAUAGGUGCUCGCUUCCCUAUUACAAGAAUGUAUGUGGGUUUAUUGAACCAUGCAAUAUAGAUUUAUAGAAUACUAGUAUAAUUUAAAGUUGAAAAUGUCUUCAUGGCAUCUUUCUUUCUUUGCCUACUAAUCGGUAAAGGUAAAGGUAAAGCGACCCCUGACCAUUAGUAUCUGUUCAUUUCUGCUUCCCUGGAGAAAAUGAGCCCUUAUUGAAAGGGUUAAUGCUCUGCUUCCAAGGCAUGUGCUCCAGCAACAUUGGUAGGGCUUCUUGUGUUCCUGCUGCCAUCUUUCAGCAUGCGUACCUUCUCUUGCAUUAGGUAAAGGUAAAGGGGCCCCUGACCAUUAGGUCCAGUCGUGACCGACUCGGGUUGCGGUGCUCAUCUUGCUUUAUUGGCCAAGGGAGCCGGCGUACAGGGUCAUGUGGCCAGCAUGACUAAGCCGCUUCUGGCGAACCAGAGCAGCGCACAGAAACGCCGUUUACCUUCCUGUCGGAGCAGUACCUAUUUGUCUACUUGCACUUUGAUGUGCUUUUGAAGUGCUAGGUUGGCAGGAGCAGGGACCGAGCAAUGGGAGCUCACCCCGUCACGGGGAUUCGAACCACCAACCUUCUGAUCGGCAAGUCCUAGGCUCUGUGGUUUAACCCACAGCGCCACCCGCGUCCCCAUCUGUAAAGGUAGCAUGUAAUAAAUCAUUAGCGGGAAGAGGAAUUGAUACAUCAUCAACAGCUAUCACAGUUUGUUCAGACUAAUGGGUGAUAAACUACCAUGUGGCUGUAAACUGCCAUGAACAUUAAUGUUUGAAAAUCUUGUGUGAUGUUGUAGUCUGGGAUUGCACUGUAUAUAAGACUGUUCUUCUGGGGAGCAGUCAAGCAAAGAGAAUGAAUUCUUAAUAGUUAUGUUUUCCCUUGCUCCCAAUUGCAAACAAACUAAAUGAUUAUUUCUUUACUGAACUUUAAAUACUGUUUGCAGGGUUGGCUGAGAUAUUCAACACUCCACUGACAGGUUUACCCUCUUCUGCUCAAAAGACUACUAUACCAACACCAGAAUUCGUCUCAGAAAUGCACACUCCAGAGGAGUCUGGUAUGCAUGUUUUGUAUAUAUCCCUAGUGCUAACUAUUACAUGGCGAUCCUUCUAAAGUUCCUUAAUUUUGCAAUAUUUCUGUAAAUAGUCCUUAAAUUUUUCCAGUCUUCUUUCACCGAUUCUUCUCCCUGGUCUCGGAUUCUGCCGGUCAUUUCCGCCAAUUCCAUGUAGUCAAUCACCUUCAUCUGCCAUUCUUCCAAAGUGGGUAGAUCUUGUGUCUUCCAAUACUUUGCAAUAAGUAUUCUUGCUGCUGUUGUAGCAUACAUAAAAAAGUUCUGUCCUUCUUUAGCACCAGUUGGCCGACAAUGCCCAAGAGAAAGGCCUCUGGUUUCUUCAGAAAGGUAUAUUUAAAUACCUUUUUCAGUUCAUUAUAUAUCAUUUCCCAGAAAGCCUUAAUCUUUGGGCACGUCCACCAAAGGUGAAAGAAUGUACCUUCAGUUUCUUUACAUUUCCAACAUUUAUUAUCGGGCAAAUGAUAAAUUUUUGCAAGCUUGACUGGGGUCAUGUACCACCUGUAUAUCAUUUUCAUGAUAUUCUCUCUUAAGGCAUUACAUGCCGUAAACUUCAUACCUGUGGUCCAUAACUGUUCCCAGUCAGCGAACAUAAUAUUAUGUCCAACAUCUUGUGCCCAUUUAAUCAUAGCAGAUUUCACCGUUUCAUCCUGAGUAUUCCAUUUCAACAGCAAGUUAUACAUUCUUGACAAAUUUUUAGUUUUGGGUUCUAACAAUUCUGUUUCUAAUUUUGACUUUUCCACUUGGAAGCCUAUUUUCUUAUCCAAAUUAUAUGCCUCCAUUAUCUGAUAGUAGUGGAGCCAAUCUCUCACUUUAUUUUUUAAUUUUUCAAAACUCUGCAAUCUCAAUUUAUCUCCUUCUUGCUCCAAAAUUUCCCAAUAUGUCAGCCAUUUGGCCUCCAUAUUGAGCCUUUUCAGAGCUUUUGCUUCCAUUGGUGAUAGCCACCUUGGGGUUUUAUUUUCCAAUAAGUCUUUGUAUCUUAUCCAAACAUUAAACAAUGCUUUCCUAACAAUAUGGUUUUUGAAUGCUUUGUGUGCUUUGACCUUAUCAUACCAUAAAUAUGCAUGCCAUCCAAAUACAUUGUUAAAACCUUCUAGAUCCAAAAUGUCUGUGUUUUCAAGAAGUAGCCAUUCUUUCAGCCAGCAAAAAGCUGCUGAUUCAUAAUAAAGUUUAAAGUCUGGCAGGGCAAAUCCACCUCUUUCCUUGGCAUCAGUUAAUAUCUUGAAUUUUAUUCUGGGCUUCUUGCCCUGCCAGACAAAUCUAGAAGAAGUUUGGCAAAUUCUCAGUUAGGUUUUUAUGCUGUAAUUCUCUCGGAGUUAUAAUUCAUCUUAGAAAAAUAUUCUAUGAGAAAGGUAAAGGACCCCUGGGGUUAAGUCCAGUCAAAGACAACUAUGGAGUGUAGCGCUCAUCUCGCUUCAGGCCAAGGGAGCCGGUGUUUGUCCACAGACAGCUUUCUGGGUCAUGUGGCCAGCAUGACCAAACGGCUUCUGGUGCAACAGAACACUGUGACAGAAGCCGUACCUGUUUACUUGCACUCAUAUGCUUUUGAACUGCUAGGUUGGCAGGAGCUGGGACAGAGCAAUGGGAGUUCACCCCGUUGUGGGGAUCUGAACUGCUGGCAAGCUCAAGAAGCUCGUUGGAAAGAAAUUUCACUGCUGGCUUUAAAGAAGCAUUAGUUUAUUCUUGCUUUAAGAUCAAAAUUCUGCUUUUUUGAAGCAGAGCAAAAAAUAGAGAACUACAGUUACAAUAAAUGAAUUUAAUGCAAUGUGUGAAUACGGAAAAAGUCAUAAAAAUGCAACUACUAAAAUAUAAACUAACACUAGAAAGAGCUAAGAUUAAAACUAAAAAUUCCCAUGUGUCUGGAAAGAAGUUUCUGAAAAGGAAGUAUUUCUCAGCUGGUGGCAGAAAACUGGAAAACUUGGGGAUGACCAAGCAUGCUGUUGUGGCAGGAAUGUACACAUUCUGAGCACCACAGCAGAGGUUUUUUUCUAUGUCAUCAGUGUAACACAAGGAUAUAAAGGGGCUCAUAGGAGGGUCUUGUUCUGGCUUUCCCAGAUGUUAGAAAUAUUUGUGCUAUUUUCUGUCCCCCAUCAGAGGCAAAGUGCAUGCAAUUUCAAAGUUUCCCUUAGACAAAUGAAAAAUGGAGCAAAAGAGUACAUCCAGGAGUUGUUACUUAUAGGACAUGUGCUCACACUGAUAGUAGUAACAGUUCAAUAGUUGUGGCACGGCAGAUUUCUUCUUACAGCAGGAGGUGUUGGCCAGUUCAGGACUGUUCGUAGUAGGCAUAAGUGUGUCGUGCAGUGCAAAUUAAUAACACAGUCUUCUUCAGUAAAAGAAUAAAAGCUUUCCUGAGUUAAAAUAAACUUGUUUGCAAAUAAAAGCAUAGUGAACAAAAGAUUAAACUAGCUUCAGAGCAUACACAGUUUCCAUUGAGCACAGGCUUCACAGAGCACAGGCUCCACCACACACAGAGAGAGAGACACACAGACAGACACAGACUGAGUCUGCCUGCCUACUUAUACAGUGGUACCUCGGGUUACAUAAGCUUCAGGUUACAUACACUUCAGGUUACAGACUCCACUAACCCAGAAAUAGUACCUCAGGUUAAGAACUUUGCUUCAGGAUGAGAACAGAAAUCGUGCUCCAGCGGCGCGGCAGCAGGAGGCCCCAUUAGCUAAAGUGGUGCUUCAGGUUAAGAACGGACCACCGGAACGAAUUAAAUACUUAACCCGAGGUACCACUGUACAGAGAAUGAGUCAUCCUCAUGAUGAGUCACAGUGAUUCAGCAUGCUAAAGAUUCUGCGGCUUUUCAGCAUUUCACAACAUUUCUAGACUUCUUUACUGCUUCCUUUACUGCCUCUGCUCUCAAAUACCUUGGUCACAUGACAAAGUGUACCUCUUAUUCCUAGUCCUGCUAACUAUCCGUCUUUGGGAUAUUACACACGCACCAUCCCCUUUCCUGCAGAAUGUCAUUUAUUCAAGAAUUCUGCCUUAUCAGGUGGCACAGAAUUGACACGUGUCCCUUGUUUCCACUAGGAAGAACAGUAAUUUCUUAUGCAAUCAAAAACUCCUUUUACAGUUCAUUUUUAUAUCUUUUAACAGGAGAGAUGUCUGUAUCACCUUUCAGCGCAGCAAGCCAACAAAAACUUUAUAACCAAGAUGUCAUAUCCCCCUUCUUGAAGGAAGUGUCACAGAUCUCUGGUCUUGAGCAAGAUGACCUAACUACAACUCCAAAAGUAACGAAUUCUUCAUUAGAAAAAGAUGUAGGGAAAAAUAUGUCACUGGUCACAGCAGCAAAUGAAGCUACUAUACAGGGAGUGAUGGAAGAUAAAAGAAAAGGUCCAGAACAAAAAUUAGAGCCUGUUGAAGCAUUUUCAGGGGUCAAGAGGCUCUUGAGGACACCGAAGCAAAAACCAGAGCCAGUUGAUGCUCUUUCAGGCGUGAAGAGGGUCUUGAGAACACCCAAACAAAAACCAGAGCCAGUUGAUGCGCUUUCAGGAGUUAAGAGGGUCUUGAGAACACCCAAACAAAAACCAGAGCCAGUUGAUGCGCUUUCAGGAGUUAAGAGGGUCUUGAGAACGCCGAAGCAAAAACCAGAGCCAGUUGAUGCACUUUCAGGAGUCAAGAGACUCUUGAGGACGCCCAAAGAAAGCCUGCAGUCUGUUGCAGAUGACACUGUCUGCUCCAAAUUCAUUAUUAAUCAUGUUAUCAAGGCACCUAAUGAAAAAGUGGAAGCAGUGGAAGAUAUGGGAGGGAUUGAUAGGCUAUUGAGAACACCUAAACAAAGAUUUGCACCAAUGGAUGAUAUGGUUGGCAUUAGUCGAUUACUGAAGACACCAAAGCAGAAGUUUUUGCCAGUUGAUGACUACUUGGGACUGCAGAAGUUUAUGACCGAACCUAAACAAAGCUUUCCAAGUCCUGAAGUUGAUUAUACAGGUGUUAAGGAAAUGUUGGAAGCUGCAGAUGGACAGAAGGUAGGUCUUCUAUAUUGAAUAUCUGAGAAAAGACUUAUAUACUUAAAUUGCACUAAUUAUUUCAAUAAAAGAAAUCAUUAACAUGACCCAAUUUUUUCUUGCACAGCAAGAUUCUGUGACAUGUUUAUAUGACAUGCAGUUCUGCCAUUUCUCUAAAUGCCGAUUGGGUUGGAAUGUGGAAUCAAGCAUUUUGAGCAGAGAAUGACUAACUUGUUCCAGCAAGCCCUGAUCUCCUGAAAAAGCAAAGUGUAUGCACACGUGCUUACUUUGUGUUUUUUACCAGGAGGAAAUGUGUGACCUGUGGGGUUGCACAAGCAACACCUGAUUUUGAUGAACCAACCUUACUCCCAACUCUGAGGCUAAUCUUGCCUGAGUACUAAUUAGAAUCUUUUUGGAUUUUUUGGCACAGAUCUUGCCAUUUAAAAUCACUGGUUUUGAAUAUAUAUGAAAUAGUUUUUUUUGUAGGGAGAAAAGGUGGGACAUAAUAUCUUUAUCACUACUGCUUUUACUUCAAAGUGUUUCAUCUUUGGAUCACUUGUACAUUGUGUUUAAUGACAUUGGUACACUUGUGAUGCAAAGUGGAUGCACUCCUGAUUUUAUUAUAGCAGCAUAGCUAUUUAUUUUUCAUCUCUUUCAUUAUAUCUUUUUGUAUUUCGAUAUUUAGUAUGUUCAGUAAGUAUUAUGAAGCCUCUUGUGAAAUGGUCAGGACUGCCAUACAUAUUUUACAAAGCACUAAAUCAGCCAUAUUACGAAGAGUACCUGCAUCUUCAAUGAACUUAACACACAGUUCCACACACACACGUGUCAGUUCAGCUUGGACUUUUAUAAAUAUUGUAUAACACUGGUUAUAGGCCCAGCAUCUUUUCAUGCCAGCUAUUGUAAUAAUUAUGUAUUUUUUUCUAGGCUGAAUUGCCAGAGUUUGUGAAUCUAAUGAAAGAAGAUAAUGGAUCUUGUAUGAGUUCCAGAGGUGAGCUUGGUGUGUGUAAAUAUUAUUUCAACAAAACCUUUUAUUUUCAAAAAAGGAAGUAGCAGGUUUACAUUUAUCUGCUUUAAAAUAUGGUUUUAUUUCAGAACAACUAGAAUGAAAUUAAGUCAGAAGGUUUCAACCUUUUUGGGUCCAUGGCUCCCUUGACCAAUUACAUUCUGCAGCACCUGUGUGGGGCUCAAGAGCCCAGUUAUGUCACCCCUUGCCUGCAGAACUGGCAGCCCCUCACCCUUUUUCAAACAUUCUCCCUGUGCAACCUUUGAGAGGCAGAGAUGCAAGGGCAUCAGAGGAGGGAGGCAAGGAAAGAGGGGCAGAGGCCAGUGUUGCCCACAGCACCCCUGACCAUCAUUCAAGACUCCCCCAGGGUGCCACAGCACACUGGUUGAAAAUGACUGAAUUAAGUAAUUACAGUAAAGUUGCAAGGCUUUUGGGGUGCUCUUUCAAAUACACAGAUGGCUAACAGUUGUGCAUGUCUGCCUUGAUUUUCUGUUUGCAUAGCAGUUAGAGAUUAAAUUUUUUAAUGUGUGGGCAUCAAAAUCUGUUGCCGUUGUACCGCUUUAUGUGCACCUUAUGUCCUAAAGUACACAAUGGCAGUAGGAAAACGACUGAUAUUGAAAAAGGGAUCCUUAUUUUACUGGUGUUCCUAUUUGAUGCAUGCAGUAUAUCUGAAUGGGACACAGGUGGUGCUGUGGUCUAAACCACUGAGACUUGGGCUUGCCAAUCAAAAGGUCGGCAGUUUGAAUCCCUGUGACGGGAUGAGCUCCUGUUGCUCCAUCCCAGCUCCUGCCAACCUAGCAGUUCGAAAGCACAUAAAAGUGCAAGUAGAUAAACAGGUACCGCUCUGGCGGGAAGGUAAACAGCGUUUCUGUGCGCUGCUCUGGUUUCGCCAGAAGCGGCUUAGUCAUGCUGGCUACAUGACCCAGAAAAACUGUCUGCGGACAAACGUCAGCUCCCUCUGCCAGUAAAGCAAGAUGAGCGCCGCAACCCCAGAGUCGUUUGCGACUAGACUUAACUGUCAGGGGUCCUUCACCUUCACCUUUUUUAGUAUAUCUGAAAGGGUAAUGGAUGCAGCUGGCUUGCAUGAUUUUUACACAUUGAUUCUUAAGUGUAUAGAUAAUGCACGUGAGGUUGUAAGUGUGGGAGCUCUGUGCAAAAGGUUCUUUUGAACAAACAAGCCAGGGCUUAUCUAACAGCACACAUUGGAUUUGAAUUCCAGCAUACGACUACAAGAACCCAUCACUAAGUAAUGUUUAGGUCAAAUCGUGAGCCCGUUCUAAAUGUAACUUAGUAUUUCUAAGGCUAUAUGCAGCUAAGAAGUGCUUAACUUGGUUGCAUUUUAUUCAUCUUGAAGCGUUCUUUAUAAUUACAACAAAACUUGAAUAAUUUUAUUUUGGAGAUUCUGGAAUAUGAAGGUUUGGGAAAGCACUGUAAAGUGGCAUCUGCAAAUAGUGGCGUAUUGUUAAAGUUAAGAAUGAUUAAUAGCACAAGAUAUAAAUAUCACAUGGCAAAAUAUAAAAGCAAAUUUAUGAAGCAAUGUAGUACUUCCUCUGGGACUUUUUGGCUAGUAAGUGUGUUUACUACUCUUCACAAUCACCAUAUCCUGAGAAAUAACAUUUAAUGUACUUUUCUUUUUUAAGAAUCCAUGAGAAAUGGCUAUGAAAAUAAAGAAGCAAAACUGGAAUCAUCACCUAAAAGAAUAUCUCCUUUGCCAAAACCAAAGGACAACAGUAAAAAUAUUUCAAAAUUAGAAGAUAACUUGGGACACGUUGCAUGUAACACAUUUAGUGAAUUAAAAUCAGAAGCAGUGAUAGAACCUGUUGAAAUAAUGCGUGUUUCAGAAAGCCAUCAGCUAAAGGAAAUGGACUCUGAAAAUGGACACAAAAUUGAUUUUGUGAAAGAACCAGUUGCAAAUUCUGGGGCAGUAGAUAUAGAAAUCGUUGGACCAUUGGCUUCAGCUAGAAGAACUAGAAGAGCUGAUAAAUCCAGAUCUGUAAAAGAACAUGAUGCAAAAAAUACACAGAGGCAUACAAGCAGCACCCAGAGAGCAGAACCAGUCAAUUGUGUGCAAGCUAAUGAAAACUUUGACCAGAACAUCACUGAAAUAAAUCUAAAGCAAGAAUCUGAAAGCAACACAUCAGCAGUUGAAACUGAGGGGGAAAUGGCAGCUCGACAAACUGAAGCAAGUUUAGAUUUAGAAGAAAAUGCAGAAAUACAAGACAAAAUAAAAAACCAAGAUUUUGAAACAUCAGGAGUGGAAAGCGCUGGAAAUGUCAUACUGAAAAGAAAUAGAAGAGGAAAGGCUGCUUCAAUACAAGCAGAAUUGUUUACAACAAACACAGAUGUUAAUGAGGCUAAAAAGGAAAAUCUAAGACACACAACACCUAAAACACACGUUUUGGAAAAGACUGCAACAGAAGUUAAAGAAAAUAAUGUUAGAAGGAAAGGGAGGAAAGUUCAUCUUCUAUGUGAUAAUUCUGUACCACUUGAGGAAAAACGUAUGCUUGGAGAUAAGGAUGGUGCUUAUGAAGGACAAAAGAGUGCUUCCAUUGCAUUACAGCCAGGCAUGCAAGAAAUUCAAAAUGAAGAGAAUCCUGGUGAAGCGCAGAAGGUGCCAUUGGAAAGUGUGCAAACUCCUGAGAAGCAUAGUCCACCAAGAAGGCAGACAGUAACACCCAGGAGAGGAAGACGCAAGCGAGCCAUUUCUCAGGAAACAACUAUAGAAUGUGACAGUAAACAGGCAGCUGAUACAGAAGACCAAAAUAUGCCUGUCACUGUAAAAGAGAAUCGACCAAAAAGGGGCAGGGGAAGAAGAGCUGUUCCUGAAUGCCAGAUUCCACCUCUUUUGGAAAAUGUUGCUCUUACAAAAGAGAGUCCAACAGUGGACAGCUUUGGUUCUACUCAAGAAAAAUGUUCUUUGCAAGAAACUCAGACUAAAGAGAAUCUUGAUGAAAUGCCUAAGAUGCCCUUGGAAAGUGAGCAACCUCUUUUAGAACACAGCCCACCAAAAAGACAGAAGAUAGCAAAAGGAAACCCACCCAGGAGAGGUAGAAGCAAACAAACCAUUUCUCCUGAAACACUCACUGAAUGUGACAGUAAACAGGCAGCUGAUACAGAAGACCAAAAUAUGCCUGUCACUGUAAAAGAGAAUCAGCCAAAAAGGGGCAGGGGGAGAAGAGCUGCUCCUGUAUGUUCAGUGACAUUGCCUCUGGAAGACAUUCCUCUUACAUCUGAGGGCCCAACAGCGAACAGCAUUAGUUCUGCCCCAAGAAAGUGUUCUUUAGAUGAAAUUCAAAAUGAAGAGAAACCUAAUGAAACUGAGGAGGUGCCUUUGGAAGGUUUGCAAACUCCUGCAAAGUAUUGUCCAGCAAGGAAGCAAAAAUUAGCAAACAGGAUGCUGCCCAAGAGAGGGAAAAGCAAGCAAGCCAUUUCUCAGGAAACAUCCGUGGAAUGUGAAAGUAAACAGACGGCUGAUAGAAAAGACCAAGCCAUGGUUGUCACCAUAAAAGAUAAUCAGCUGAAAAGGGGCAGAAGAAGAGUUGUUCCUGUAUCUCAUAUGACAUUGCCUCUAGGAAACAUUACUCCUGCAUAUGAGGGUGCAAAAUUGGACAGCUUUACUUCUGCCCAAGGAAAAUGUUCUUUGCAAGAAAUUCAUACUGAAGAGAAUAUUGGUGAAAUGUCUAAGAGGCCCUUGGAAAGUGAGCAACCUCUUUUAGAACACAGCCCACCAAAAAGACAGAAGAUAGCAAAAGGAAACCCACCCAGGAGAGGUAGAAGCAAACAAACCAUUUCUCCUAAAAUACCCACAGAAUGUGACAGUGAACAGGCAGGUGAUACAGAAGACCAAAAUAUGCUUGUCACUGUAAAAGAGAAUCAGCCAAAAAGGGGCAGGGGGAGACGAGCUGUUCCUGAAUGCCAAAUACCACCUCCUUUGGAAAAUGUUGCUCUUAAAAAGGAGAGCCCAACAGUGGGCAGCCAUAGUUCUACCCAAGGAAAAUGUUCUUUGCAAGAUAUCCAAAAUGAAAAGAAUCUUGAUGAAAUGCUUAAGAUGCCCUUGGAAAGUGUGCAACCUCUAUUAGAGCACAGUCCACCAAAAAGACAGAACCUAGCAAAAGGAAACCCACUCAGGAGAGGUAGAAACAAACAAACCAUUUCUCCUGAAAUACUUGCUGAAUGUGACAGUAAACAGGCAGCUGAUACAGAAGACCAAAAUAUGCUUGUCACUGUAAAAGAGAAUCAGCUAAAAAGGGGUAGAGGAAGAAAGACUGCCCCUGUAACAGCUCUUUCUCCCCUCAAAAGUAACAUUUUACCAUUGCCAUCCUCAACCAAAAGCAAAGGUGCUGUGGAAGAGCCAAGUGAGGCUUUGGAAAUUGCAACUGUUGCAAGUAAGAAUCUGCCACGUAGAGGCAGAAGAAGAAAAGUAGAUGAGGUAAUUGCAGCAAGCUCAGUUUCUGCAAGUAAAAAGCCCAUAUUGCUUGAUACUGGAAAGCAAGAAGACAUGCCAGAAGUUUUAAAAGGUGUGACAAUAGAUAAUGUUUCCAAAAGAGGUAGAAGAAAGCAAUCGGUUCCUUCUGAAAUCUCAACAGAAAGUAAUGGCCAACCAGGAAGUGACAACAGAAAGGUCUCUUUUGUAAAAGAUAACAAGAUGCCUUUGGAAAGUAGUUCAGUUUUCCAAAACCAAUCAAAGGGGAAGAGAGUAAAAAGAACUACUCCAUCACGGGUACACCCUUCUCUCAAAGUAAGCAUCACUCUAACAUCACCACCUCCAGACAAAGGUGAAACUGCCAGUGAAAAUCAAAGCACCCUUCUUGAAAAUGAUGCAACUGGAAAAGGGAAACUUGAAAAAUGUGGCAGAAGAAACAAAAAUAAAAUAGUGACACCUUCCAUGUCUAUCAGAAGAAAGCACAACCUUCCUGAAAAGGAAGAUUUUCAGGAAAAACAAAAUGUAGAUUUUGGAAAGCUAGCUAUACCCAAUGAGAAAAUAAGCAGAAGAGGUAGAAGAGUUGAUGCACUUGAAGCACCUAUUUCUGCUUCUCUCAGAACCAACCGUAGAUUGAAUGCAGGGGGUGAUAAUGCUCCUAAAGAUCGACAGAUGAUUCUGAAGAACAAAUCAAAAUCUAAAGCAGGUAUGUGCAUGGUUUUUUCCUCCUUAUUUCAGAGUUCUUAAUGUUUAAGAUUCUAAGUUUUUGAUUCAAAAUUAAUGGAAAACCUUUAGGCUUUGGUGAGAAGUUACAGCAGCACACCUGAAAUUUAGAUACCAUCAAUUUCAUUUCAAAAUUUCUUUGUUGAAGAUGCCAUUGGUAAUGUAAAUCAGGGUGAGCAGACUUUACUAAAACUCUGAGGUCUAACAAUGAGAACCAGAUGCAAAUGACAUACAGAUGAAUUAAAGGAAAGUAUGCAUCUGAACACAUCCAGAGCUAUGGAAUUAGUUUUCUGUACCAGAAUUGAAGUGAGCAGACAGGCCUUUCAUAACCCAAAGUCCACUUCUAGUUAUAUACCUUCAUCUCAGCAGCCUAAUUUAGGUGGAAAGGGCUAGGAAGGGUGUUGCUAUCACUAAACAAGUGGGAUUAAAACUUGGUUGUUAGUUUGCUGCAAAUCACCUAGAGAUAAAACUCGAAAAACCAUCCCAUUAGUGAAGUACCGUAUAUAGUAAUAGUGUUACUGAUCUUCAGAAAGGUUCCAGUUUAUAGUAUAUAGUGAGAUGGCCACAGGAUUCACAUAUUUCUUAUGGAGAACUGAACUUCUGGAUUCAUAAAUGGGAUAUCAGGAAAAACUAGUGUUCUCCCCAUAACUUGCUUAGCUGUUAUUUAAAAAUAGACUUUUAAGUUUAUUGCUUUUUCCUGUUUAUGAAACCUAGUUUUUAUGGCCUGUGAUCCUACUAUCAGUAAUAAAUAACUACAGUAUUAGUAAGAGUUCCCUAAUGUCCUGAAUGCUGUCAUUUAUUUUGUAUGGGUGUGGGAAAGAACUGCAGCCCAGGGAAAGCAAAACAGGAGACCUCUAAUGCAGAUAUGUUUACAGAGUAACUUAUAUAAAGUCAUUAAUAUUUAACAAACAUUAACCAUGUUAGGUGAGAUCCAAAGGGCUACACACAAAACUUGCAUGCAGAUCUUAGUACUUCAGAAUUCCUCUUAUGAGAAGCUACUCCUGGAAGUGGGAUGAAGAACCCACAGUCAGGAGAGGUUUCAGAAAUUUUCGUGCACAAGCCAUCGGGCAUCUUUGAAUCCACCAUCAUUAGGAUUAUUAUUAUUAAAAUUUAUAUACUGCCCUAUACCCAGAGGUCUCAGGGCAGUUCACAGAACAAAAUAAGAAUAUAAAACCACAAAAUAUAUUACCAAAAUAAAAACUAACUCACCCCCACAAAAAAACAACAACACAUUUUAAAAGGACAUAGGAUGUCAUUCUUCAUAGUUCUAUAAACCAUUUGUCCACCGAGGAGACAGAAUAAUUUUCUGCCUGCAGUAGCUGCCUGUUUGGCUUCCCUUUCUAACCACAUUACCAAGGUGGAUUGUUUUUUUGUUUUGUUUUUUAAAUGAUAUUUAUUAAAGUUUCAAUAAAAGAUUAAACAUAAAACAUAAAAAAGAAAUACACAAUUCAAAAUGUACAAUACAUAAUCUAAAAGAAAGAAAAAAUUAAAGAAACAAGAAAACAAAAGACAAAAAAGAAAGUAAAACAAUUAAAAACAAUAUCACCUUUUCGUCUCCAUUUUUAAAUUUACUUAUUUUCUGGACCUCCUCGUACCUCCCUCUUUUGUAUUCCAGUUCAAAUUGUUUGUCCAGCAAUUUCUUUCCCUCUUUUUUUAAUCCCAAUCUUACUCUUAAUAUAAUAUAACAUUAAAAUUUUACCUUUUAAAAACCAAAUUUCCAUUUCCUUAAACUUUUUUAAUCCUAAUCCUUAAUCUUAAUCUAUCCAUAAUUUUAAAUCCUAAACAGCUGGAAGCCACUUAUUUUUAAUCCAGCAUCACUCUAACAUUCUUUAAUUUUGCAAUGUUUCUGCAGAUAGUCUUUGAAUUUCUUCCAAUCUUCCUCCACUGACUCUUCUCCCUGAUCACGGAUUCUACCAGUCAUUUCCGCCAGUUCCAUAUAGUCCAUCAGUUUCAUCUGCCAUUCCUCCAGUGUGGGAAGCUCUUGUGUCUUCCAAUACUUUGCAAUGAGUAUUCUUGCUGCUGUUGUUGCAUACAUAAAGAAAGUUCUAUCCUUUUUUAUCACCAUUUGGCCGACUAUGCCCAGUAGCUGCCUGUUUGGCUUCCCUUUCUAACCACAUUACCAAGGUGGAUUGUUUUGAAUCAGCAAUUCAAAAAAGCAUGUUGUAAGCAAAUUUCCCAUUUAUCAUGUAUUUCAGGUGCGCAGGAAAUUUUCUAAACUCCCAUCAGCCCCAGCAAGCCAAUGGCCUGGGAUGAUGCUGAUUUCAGUUCAGCAGCAUCUGGAAGGCUAAAUGUUCUCCACACCUGAUAUAUUUCCUAAGCAAUGACGCCAAAUGUAUUUCUCUGCUUUCCUUUGAACCACAUCAGUGAAGCAGGACCACACUUGUCCAAGCUUGUUUCCUGAGGAGGUCACUUCAGUGCUGCUGACGCAACGAUUUGACUUCCCCCUUGGAAGGUGCUCUUCAUUGUCUCUUGAGACAGAUGGACACCAACAAUAACAGCAGCAUAUACUUUCACAUUUCCCAUUAAAGGGAAUACCUUUAAAAUAUUUCUAAUUAGAUAAUACUGCUGUCUUGUGAUCAGCAGCUACAAACAAAACUGAAAUGUCCAUAACUGAUAGUUGAAGCAAAGUCUGCUUGUUGCUGCACAAUAUAGAACAUUUAAUUUUUAUGAGUUGAAAUAAAAUGCCUUCUUUGGCAGCUUGAAUGUCAAUAUAUCUGAGGAAUCAUCUUGCUGUACUUAGAAAAGUGUCCUUUGAUUCAAAGGUAUCUAGUAGAACGCAUUGAUUUGGUUUAGAGAUGAACUGUGGGGCUAACAUGCUUACAGAUUUUUAAAAUAAGUAAUGCUUAGAAUUUACUACUUACUAUUUUUUAAAGUUAUCUGCUAUGGUCUGAAAUAGCUUUCAAUAGGACAAUAUUAAAUUUCCUCCAUGUGAACUUUUUGGAAGCAGUGAUCCUGAGGUGGGUUUGAGGGAUCCUGCACCUUGCAGCCAAUUUCCUUAACUGUGGCCUUAUGUGAGAGAUAGGACUCCAAACAUCUACCACAGGGUUUCCCUUAGUUAUGAUGUCAAGUCAGUUUGGAAAGAGUGAAUAACUGCCUGGAAUGAACUGCUCUGAACAGAAGAAAGAUAUCUUGAUAAUUAGAAUGCUAUAUUUUUAUCUAAUCUUGCUACUAAAGAGAGAAUAUCAAAAAGUUUGGCCUCAAAUCAUCUUUUUUUUUUUUUUAACAACUAGAAAGCAUUGAAAAGACACCAUUAAAAAAAGAAAAAAAGAAAACAGUGAAAGAAGAACAUUCCAAAUCUACAGUUAAGCCUGCUGGAGAAACUGAAGGCAAGACAAGAGGGAGGAAAACAAAAAAAAAUGUUUUGUAAUUUUUGGUACUGGGUUUGUGUAAUUUUUUUCCUUCAGAAUAAAUGGACAUAUAUGGGUUGUAAAGUAUGCUUUGCAUUUAAAACCUUACUUUGUUUCUGUAACUUCAGUUCAUCCUUCAACAUUGACGCUUUCCCAUCUGUAUAUACAUUUUUCAUAUAUUUUACAGGGCUUUUUGUUUAACACUGUAUUGUGUUAAGAUAGUUUUAAUUCAGGUGUUAAUUUUUAUCUGAUUUUUACAUUAAACCAUACCUUGGCUUAAAAUAAUAUCCUUUUAUAUUGUUCCAAUCCCUGGUGAAUAUGACUGCUAAAAAAGCAUGUUAGACUGUUCUCUGUACGCUGUCAAUGUUCAGUUAAUGCUUUAGAAAGGAUAAGGCAAGGAUAGCUGCAUUGUUAUCUUGUUAUCCAUAGCUUAGUAAAUGUACAAUCCCUCUACCCAACUACCAGCUAUGGCACUUUAACAACUCUAGGAGAACAACAAUCCAUAUAUAGUAGUGUUAAACAGAACUAAUUAUACUUGGCCCCUUUCUUUCUACAUAACAUAGUCAUUGGGGGGUUGCCAGGAUGGGAAACAGACCCUUCUCUUUCCCAGGCCACAUACCUUUGAAUCAUGGCUGUCACUUUCUCUUCAGUUCCAGUACUUCUCAUGGUUGGUGGUAUCAAUUCAAAACUUAAAUAUUUAAGGUUAAGUGCCUGGUACCUAUAGUUACAAUAUCCUAAUUGUCAGGGCUAGGAAAGUUCUGCUUGAGCUGUUAACGGGAUAACUUGAACAGUGCAGCUGGCAUUAAAUUGAACCAAACAGUAGUCUAGUACUGUAGAGGUCUUGUCCUUUUUCUUAUUGCAGCAUUCUAAGCACACCUUUCCUAAGCUCCCACCUCAGUUCUGUUGUCAGUACUGUAUAUGAUUUCAGUUUUUUAUAGAUCUCAUAGUAGCUGCUUUUCUCUCCUCCCCACCCAACAUGAAUUCUAAGCUGCCUGUGAAUUGCCAAGCCAGCAAAAUUGGAGGAUAAUAAAGUUUACAGAAGCAUAUGUGUAUGCUAGCCUUUUGAAAUAGAUUCAGUUUUAAGGAAUAGCACUCUUUACUGCUAAUGCCUAAAAUUCUUCAUUUUGAUGAAGGUUCCAGUGAGAGAGAUUCUCCUGGUUGAGUGACAUACCCUGCCCUCAAUAUCCCUGCAUGAAUACUACCCUUCUUGCUGUGUUCAGCCCUUCCAGUUCCCUCUUGUUUUAUUUCAGUUUUAAAUACUACUGCUCCAAGAACAGAACUUCAACUCUCACUGGAUGACACAGAAUUUGAGGGUGGGCUUUCUUGGUUGGUGUAGGCGUGCUUGGUGAUGGACCUUUGAAGAUACCAAGUCACAGGCCUAAGGUGUAUUCACCUGACACUCAUACAUGUUGCUGCCCACCUUGUUAAUUCGUUUUUUAAAUAAUUUCAUUUUAUUUUCAAAAAUAAGGGAAAGAAAAGAAAGAAAGAAAGAAAGAAUAAAAUUACAUCAAAAUGUCAUACACAAUCACAUAUCGAAAUUACUCUGAAUCUCCUGACUUCCUCCCAUCCCAUCCAUGGGUCCUCUUAAUUCUGUUUUAUCUACAUAUCAAUACUUCUCCAAAAAAAUUAUCUUCCUAAAUUAUCUGUAGUUUCUAUUACAUUACAAGUGUAUUUAAAAACCUGCUAAUGUUUUAACCUGUUUGCAAUGGUUUUGUAUACACAUUAUAAACAUUUCCCAUUCUUUGUUAAAUUUCUUUUCUCCUUAAUUCCUGAGCUUCCCAGUUAAUUUUGACCAUUUUGGCAUAGUACAUCAACUUGAUCUUGUAGCAUACAUGAACAGUUUCUUCUGAUCUAUCAUUUCCCAGAUUUUUAAAAAUUACAUGACAGUUCCAACACAUGAUAAAAGGUACCCUCUUUUUCUUUACAUUUCCAGCAUAUAUUGGUACUUGUUUUAUACAUUUUUGCUAGUUUUACUGGGGUUAAGUACCACCGAUACAUCAUUUUCAUGUAGUUUUCUUUCAAUGAAGAACAUGCCGUGAAUUUCAGAUCAGUUUUCCGUAGCCUCCUCCAAUCCGUCAUUUGUAUAUUGUGUCCCACAUCUUUCGCCCAUUUUAUCAUCCCUGAUUUCACCUGUUCAUCUUUAGUAUCCCAUUCCCACCUUGCUAAUUCUUCAGUGCAGCAUCUCAACUGAAAUUUGAUCACUCCUUGAGGCUCUGGCAUUAAUAUGGGGCCUGAUUAUGGCAUGGGAAGCAGGGUUGUUAUGCAAGAGCUCAGAAUCAACUAAUAGCAAAAUGUGAAUUUGCUGGUUUGUAAUGGACCAUAAAGGAAACGAAGUGGAUCUGUACCAGACUGCAAAUGUGUGGGCCUUCUGCCUCAGCUGGCUGGUAGUUAGAAAAAAGGCAGAGCUGAGAGUUGAAUGAUACAAUCUGGAAGCUAGAAAAAAAGAUGCAGGCUGGGAAGCAAGUGAGAAUUUGAUGCUUGGUUUCUGUUUAAUUCAAGGCUGUGGCUAUGGAAGAAGCACGACCCCUUAGGGUGUUAAUGCUGUGAAUCAGUCUCUCACAAGCUCAUGUUGUAUAUAUGUGUAAAUAAGCCAUAUAUCCUAAAGUCUUCGUUGCGCCUCAUUCCAAGGAAACCAAACCCUGGGGAAGCACCUGUAAGCCCUAGAAUCUUGCACUGUUUAGAGAUUGGGAUGGCAUGCAGCAGUGCCUUAAUGCUACAAAAGAAAGCCACGAGCAAUGGGAAAUGCCUGGGGACUUGGUUGGAAAGGGUAAACACAAGAUUCUGGCUACAGUUUGGUAAAGAUGCACAAUCAAGCAAAACUCUGCCGUAGUCUUUUCUUUAAAAGCUUGCAUCCGGAUAGCUGUGCCUGCUGACUGAAAAGUGCCCUAGCGCCUGCUGCUGCCUUUGCCUGAUAAGAUUGGCAUUCUAUUUCUAAUCUUUUCAAAACUUGGCAGGGUUAAUGCCUUGAGGGAGUAUUAAAAACCCUGAAAUCUUCAUGUCCUUUGGACCAAGGACUCCUAAGUUACACAACCAUGUCAGUUCAAAGGACAGAUCAUCAAACGAUGAAAGGCAGACUCAUUAACCCACCGAACUUUUGACCCAGGAUUUCAAGUUCAGAGAAAUUGAAAAGCCCCCACCCACCGCCCCAUGCCAUUGCCUGUCCAGUUGCUAGUAUAAAUCGUCUACUGCUUUGAGUAGAAUUGUGAAGUUGCAGGAUAUCCCAACCUUUUAUUUCCAUGUAUUACAAACAGGGCCAGGUCUACCAGAAAUAAAAAAUCUGUUUACAAGCAAGCAGUUACAGCUUCUGGAUGUGAAAAAGGAUAGCUAAUUAACUUGCUUUCAUGCUACACAUGGAUAGACUAACCUAAAUCUGAUGUCAGUGGAUCUGGUCUGAGUAUGCGGUAGGAUUUUGUAGUAUGAAAUUAGAAAGGUGGGACUUAUUGCUGCACUUCAAUGGAAUCUGAAAAUUCUGGUAGCAUAUGUUAUUGUGUUAAUAGAUUUCAUAUCUUUUAUCCCUUUCUGUAUAGAUAGAUUUGUGCAAAGAAAUGUCAGUGCCAAAGGAGAAUUUAUUUUUUCUUGUUUAUUUCUAUACUGUGCUUCAUCAAAAAAACCCCAGAGCAGGCUACAACAAUGAAAUAAAUAAAAAUAUAACAGUACAACG